UUCGCAAAAGGGAGAAUUGUUUGAGAGCUCAGUCAUCCAAAAACGGCCUUUCAAUGUGAGAAGUUGAGGAGCCGAAGAAAAUGUCGGUGGCAUCGCAGUAAAUUACUAAAGCAGCGAGGCUUUAGAGGGAGAAACCAGAAGCGAAAACAAAGUUUGGAGGAGAAGAAGAGAGGCGAGAGGAAGAGCGUGCGAAGAAGAGCGAGCCUUUGGGGUUAGUGAAUGGAAGAUGUCUGGAAAGCGCUACUGGACUCCGUGGAUGAGAAAGAAAAGGACUACAGUGGUUUUUGCACUGGGUGCAGUACUGUUGCUCUGCCUGCAGGGUGGCGCUUCACCCACUGAUGAAGUGCCAUUUUUCGACGAAGAGCCUCAGUCUGUGGUGCAGAAGUUAGGAGGCGGCGUCACCUUACACUGCAGCGCCAGACCUGCCUCCGCCAAAGUCAGCUGGCGCCUCAACGGCGAGCCGUUGGCGAACGGAGACCUGGGCGUAGUGGUUGGCCACAACAGCCUGUUCAUCCCCGCUCUCUCCAACCUAACGCUGGGCAGAUACCAGUGUGUGGCCAGCACCGGUGCCGGAGCUUUGGCCAGUGUUCCUGCAAACGUCACCGCUGCCAAACUGCGAGACUUUGAGCCUGACGACCAGCAGGAAAUCGAAGUGGAUGAAGGCAACACGGCCGUCAUUGAGUGUCACCUCCCUGAGAGUCAACCCAAGGCGCAGGUCCGCUACAGCGUCAAGCAGGAAUGGCUGGAAACGUCAAAAGGAAACUACCUCAUCAUGCCAUCAGGGAACCUGCAGAUCGCUAAUGCCACACAGGAAGAUGAGGGACCGUAUAAAUGUGCUGCUUACAACCCCAUCACUCAGGAGGUCAAAACCUCCAUAUCCACAGACCGUCUACGCAUACGCCGUUCCACUUCCGAAGCGGCUCGAAUCAUUUACCCGCCGGCGCAGCGUUCCAUCAUGGUGACCAAAGGCCAGCGGCUCGUCCUGGAGUGCGUCGCCAGCGGCAUCCCCACUCCGCAGGUGACGUGGACCAAGGAUGACCAUGACUUGCGCUCCCACAACAACACACACUUCCUGCUCAGCAACCUGCUAAUCGACGCUGUGGAUGAAGGAGACUCUGGCGUCUACAUCUGCAAAGCGGGCAACAUCAUCAACUUUGACAGCCCUGCCACUGUGCGCUACGAUGUGCACGUGUAUGAGCCUCCUCGGGUGACAGUGGAGCUGCAGCAGCAAGAAGUUGUCUAUGGAAGCACGGUGCGUUUCACCUGCGAUGCCAGAGGUAAACCCACCCCUUCCGUGAUGUGGCUCCACAAUGCCCGACCGCUCAGCCCAUCUCUUCGCCACCGCCUGACCUCGAAUAAGCUGCGCGUUUCCAACGUGGGGUCUCAGGAUGAAGGCCUGUACCAGUGUAUGGUGGAGAAUGGCGUGGGCAGCGCACAGGCCUUUGCUCGCCUCAUCACUGUAUCAACUGGGAUUUUGUCUCGGGGGCGACUGCCGUCAAUCUAUCGUCCACUCAGUCCAGACAAAGUCCUGAGAGAGCAGCCUCCGAUAAAGCCCGGGGUCUCUGGGGCCAUGCUGCCUCUGGACUGCUCUGAGCUUACAGGACAGCUGGUGCCCGCAGAAGCCCCCAUCAUCCUCAGUCAGCCACGCACAGGCAAGGCCGACCACUACGAUCUCAUCUGGAGGCCACGGCACGAACACACCCCUCCUGUGCUGGAGUAUGUGAUUAAAUACAAAAAGGUGGGAGACGGUCUUGCGGACUGGACAUCGAGGAGUAUCUCCGGCUCUCUUCAGAAGCUGACUCUGGCUAAGCUGCAGCCAGACAGUCUGUAUGAAGUGGAGAUGACCGCUAAGAACUGCGCCGGUCUGGGACAGCCGGCCAUGAUGACCUUCAGGACGGGAAAAGGUCGGAAAGGUCCCAGUGGAGCAAUCGAUCCACCUAAGACUCCGGCUGUUCCUUCUCCAAGCCUCUCUCCUCCCGAAGCUCCCGAUAAGCCCACGGUCUCUACAGCCACAGAGACUUCGGCGUAUGUGACUUGGAUUCCUCGUGGCAAUCGCGGCUUCCCCAUCCAGUCAUUUCGGGUGGAGUACAAGAAGGUGAAGAGGGCAGGCGAGGACUGGGUGACGGCGGUGGAGAACAUUCCCCCGUCUAGGCUGUCCGUGGAAAUCACAGGCCUGGAAAAAGGUACAUCCUAUAAGUUUCGGGUGGUGGCCGUGAACGUGAUCGGCUCAAGCCCGCCCAGUGCGCCCUCAAAGGCCUACACGGUGGUGGGGGGCAGAACGCACGAGCGUCCCAUCGAUGGGCCCUACAUCACUUACAACGAAGCAAUCAACGAAACCACUAUUAUUCUGAAAUGGACCUACACCCCUGUAAACAACACACCCAUCUACGGUUUCUACAUCUACUACCGCCCCACUGACAGUGAUAAUGACAGUGACUACAAGAAGGAUGUGGUGGAGGGGGACCGUUACUGGCACUCCAUCACUGACCUGCAGCCGGAGACGGCUUACGAUAUCAAGAUGCAGAGUUUCAACGAGAAGGGAGAAAGCGAAUUUGGCAAUGUGGUGAUCCUGGAAACGAAAGCUCGGCCCCACCAUCCCAGACCUGUCCCGUCAGAGUCCCCAGACCCAGAUCAGACGGCGCCCAGCAGGCUGGUGCCUAGACCCGGCGACCUGCCCUACCGCAUAGUUUGUAUCGUCCUUGGAGCAUUCGUCUUCAUCAUUGUUGUCUUCAUCUCUUUUUGCCUCUGGAGAGCGUGGGCCAAACAGAAACAAACAUCCGAUCUGUGUUUUCCUGCUGUGGUGACUCCGGUAUCUUCAUGUCAGUACACAAUGGUUCCGCUUCAGGGGCUUGCUCUGGUGGGACACUGUCCGCUGGACGCCCACAUGGCAGCUCAACACGGUGUUUACCCGGCUAAUGGCGAGUUCCCUCAAAACGGCAAAGUUCAACACCCAAAACACUGUCUGCCAGGAAUACAGCAGGAUGAGGUGGACUGUGAAUUGGAGUGCAACACAUUGCUGCCACAGACACCAUCAAAUGGGCAUUUGCCUGUCUACCAGCUCUCCAGCAGCCCUGAUCAUCACGAGCAGACAUGCUGUUUUCCUGACAGCUCCACCCAUCAGCUCCUGGCAUGCUCCCAUCAACUCGUCAGCCCACAGGAAGCGGGAGGCAACUGCAGCUUGUGUGGUGGAGACGGAGCAGCGGAGUCUGCCCCGAAGCCAGCAUCUCUGUAUCUUCUGUCACUUGAAGAUCAAGAAACCGUCUCUGCACAGUCUUCAGCAGCUGGAACACAACAAUCCCAAGAUACAAUACAAGAAGAGGACAUCAUGUUGAAUGAAGUGUCUCCAGAAAGCAAAGGGACAUCUGACUCUACAGACGCAUAAAAGACUGACAAAAACAAGAGAAAAUAUUUAUUUUUGUAUGACAGAUAUUUAUAUAUUUAUGGCUUUGUACAUAGGUGUCUGAUUAUACUGUAUAUAUGGUUAUUUUCAUAUUGAAAAAAAGACUAUUCCUCUUUCAGCUCACUUCACAGACUAAGGGAGUUGUGGCACUAAACUCUGCUCCCCUGGAGGGGCAUUAAAACAUCUCUCCUUCUCAGUUCAGCACUUCCCGUUUUGACUCUCUCCUCCUAUUUUUUUCUUUUUGCUCCCCCUAAAACAAAACAAAACAAAAAAAUCCCCUUAGGUACUUGUUUUUGGACACACAACAGAAAUAAAGGGGCCACGCUAAUCAUUCUGAUGCGGUUAUCAUGAGGUGCUCUCCUGCUCUUAUCUCUGUUGUGUUUCCUCCGCAUGAACUGUCAUUUGUAUAGCAGUAACACAAAUGUAUUAUGCAUUUCUCAUCAUUAACAAGCUAUUAACAAAGUGUAUGCAACAUAAACCUUUUCAGUAGCAUCCAAGAGAUUAUAUAUUGUAUAGUUAUUUAUUUUUUUCUGUUUUUUUUUUUUAAAUCACUGAAUGGGAGAGAUUCUGGAAAAUAACUCAGUCAUGGAUAAGCUCGACUUACACUGCAGCCACUUCUAUGUUUACCUAUUUGCUGGUUACCAAAUGACUGUCAGGAUGAGGGUGCUGUGACAAGAGUGUCAGUAUUAUUCCUUCUUCACUGCUCAGCGCAAAAGUAUUAGUCUUCAACAGAGACGUUUGUGAUCAAAAUGAAGGACAUCUUGAAUCUACACUCCCUGAAAAGUGCAGGCAUGUCGCGCGGCUGAACAUGCUGGAGCACUAUUGCAUGUAAAUAAAAGCUUAUGAAAUCGA